AUGUACAACAUAUUGACAUCGCACAAACCAAAGGAGUUCAAUUUAGAAAGAUUUUGGGAAUUAGAGUCGUUAGGAAUAGAUAGCAACACGACAGAUGUUGAAACGGUAGAUUAUAUGGAAACAUAUCAAAAGUCAGCAAUCGAAUUUCGAGAAAACAAGUACAUAGCAAAGUUGCCAUGGAAACCAGAUCAUGAACCCUUGCCUACCAACUUCGUCGUUACGAAACGCAGAACUGAAAAUGUAAUUCGAAAAUUAAGUCAAGAUCCCAAAAUGCUUAAAGUAUAUGGACAGAUAUUCAAUGAUCAAGAACGCCGAGGAUUUAUUGAGAAGGUUAAGGAUCCAGAUAUUAGUAAAGGUAUUGUACAUUAUAUCCCACACCAUCCCGUUAAAAAGGAUUCAACAACUGCACCAAUCAGGAUCGUUUACGAUUGUAGCUGCCGACAGGCAUCACAGUUACCGAGUCUUAAUGAUUGCUUAAUGAACACACCUCCGAUUUUAAACGACCUUACAAAGAUUUUAAUCAGAUUUCGAUUGAGCCCGGUUGCCAUAGUAACUGACAUUGAGAAGGCAUUUUUACAUGUCGGACUGCAUGAACAGGACCGUGAUGUCACAAGAUUUUUAUGGUUAGAUAACCCUGUUGACCAACAAAGCGAUUUAGCGACAUUUAGGUUCAAGUCUGUACUAUUUGGAGCGACGUGUUCGCCGUUUAUCUUAAACGCUGUCCUGCUAAAACACUUACAGCAAACAGAAAAUGAAACUACUAAAAUACUGACAAGGGAUUUAUAUGUUGACAACAUUUUAUCUAGCAUUUGCAAUAAAACUCAAGCCGUAACGUAUUUCAAGGAAGCGCGACAACUGAUGUUAAAUGCAGGAUUUAACCUUCGCUCAUGGACCUCAAACAACGAAAAUGUGAGAAAUCUAGCUAUCAAGGAGGACGUGUUAGAUACCGACAAAGAAGCAAAAAUAUUGGGAAUGCGUUGGAAUGUCGAAACGGAUGAAUUAUCUUACGCAAAACGAGUUUUACCGUUUGUUUCGUCAAAUAUUACAAAACGGGAAAUUCUGAAGGAAUCUUCAAAGAUAUUUGACCCGCUAGGAUUUUUAAGCCCAGUUAGUAUCCGAGCAAAGAUUUUGAUGCAAGAUUUGUGGAAAGAAUGCUAUGAUUGGGACGAACCCCUACCCGAAAAUCUACAGUUACAAUGGAUGGAUCUGGCAAAAGACAUAGGAAUCGUUACAAGUAUGAAAUUGCCUAGACAAUACUUUACCGGAAAUACAAACUCAAGAUCACUACAUGUAUUUGUCGACGCAAGCAUGAAAGCGUAUGGAGCGGUAGCAUACAUGUAUCUAUCGAAAGGACAUAGUGCCGCAUUAGUGAUGGCAAAAACACGCGUUGCACCCGUUAAAACGCUGACAUUGCCACAAUUGGAAUUAAUGGCCGCCGUAAUAGGAGCUUGCCUAACACAACAUCUUAAAUCUACUUUGGAAUGUACAGAUGUGACACUUUGGUCGGACAGCCAAAUUGUACUUCAAUUGUUAAAAACGUCAAAACCGUUGAAACGCUUCGUAUCAAAUCGAAUUAAAGAGAUUAAUGAAUUAACGGAAGAAUGCAAAUGGAAAUACUGCCCGACAAAUUGUAACCCUGCUGAUUUGCUCACUCGUGGUAUAACCGCAAAACAGUUUAUGGGGAACGUAUUAUGGAAAACAGGACCGACUUGCCUAAUUCAAAAUUCAGCCAACUUGGAAACACAUUUACCUAUUAACACAGCUUUAUCCGUAUUAGCAGACGACAAUGAGGAGACAUUAGAUGAAGAAAGCAACACUGACAAAAAUGAUAAUCUUCAUUUUGGAAUUGACAAAAUUAUAAAUGCUAACAGGUAUGGAUCUUACAAGAAGCUUUUGCGAGUGACAACGUAUAUCCAACGUUUUAUUCAAAAUUGUAAGACAACUAAGUCUAUUAGAAACACUGGGGAAAUACAACCAGAUGAAUUACAGCAAUCAACUAUAUUAUGGAUACGAUGUUACCAAGCGACGGCAUACCCCGGUGAAGUACGCGCACUCACAUAA